AGCGUCGCACGUUAUCCACUUCGAUCAUUGGUGGAAUCCGGCUGUUGAAGACCAAGCGACGGAUCGCGCUUAUCGUAUCGGGCAGACCAAGAAAGUGUUCGUGUAUCGUCUACUAGCCGCUGGGACUCUUGUUAUGGUGGAUGAGUAUGUAAAGAUGCGUCAUUUUUUUCGUAAUUUCUUUGAUAAAAGAGUCUCAAUCUAUAUUUUCUUGACAGUUCUUGUGUCUAAAUUCGAAGACCGCAUCAUGACCAUGGUGUCCAAGAAGCGGAGCCUGCAGGAACGUGCUGUCACGAGUGGCCCAGAAGCAUGGCUCACGGAAAUGAGUACGGAGGAGCUGCGCGACCUAGUCUCUCUGUCCUCAAACCCAGCGGGAGGAGAGCAAGGACGGGCAAGCACCAGCGCUAGUAGUCGCCGCCGCAGCUCGGGCAACGCAUUUGCGGACGUACGAGUCGUGCGAUCGAGAGAGGAGAUGCGAUUGUAGUAAUGAUGUGAUCCAGUUUAGGACUUAGGAGGUAAACCAAACAAAGCGCAUGUUGUCAAGCAAGAAAGCCACUUUUUUUGUUACAACGAAUUAUCCGAAGCCGCUACAUCAAGGCGGUGGCUCAACUACGC